CUUUCCACCGCACCUCUCCUUCCGCAAUUUUUUCUCAUUUCCUUGCGUUAUCUCUACCUCACGAAUUCAGUCUUUUCAUCACGGAUAAUUCUUGCGAUUUAUCCUAACCUUUUGCACUUUCAUUCAAUCACUCAUUACGACUACUCCUCCGCAACGAGGACUCACAGCAUUCCAUACGCUUGUGUAACUCAUGGCUGCCACUCAACAGUUACCGUCAUGGAUGACACUGGCAACUACCGUGUACACCAAUGCUGCAGGGCAAACUGUGACGACCGAGACUACCCUUCAGCUUCCACUCACAUACUACGGUCCAAGUAUCCCCUUGGGCAGUGACGGUGCUUGGACUUACGGUGGUCUCACCUCACCAGCAGCUUCAACAUCCUCUCUAACGACACCAUCCACCGCGACAUCCUCUACCUUCACCCCUACAUCCUCUGCGACAUCCACAUCCUCUGCGACACCCACAUCCUCUUCAUCAUCCUAUCAGUCUACAUCUACAUCUGCGACAUCUACAUCUACAUCCCCUUCCACCUCUGCGAUAUCAAAUCCGAAUUCAAAUGCAACUGCCCUAUCUAAAGGCGCUCUCAUUGGCAUCAUCAUCGGUGCCAUCGUCUUGUUCAUCUUCUUGCUUCUGCUUUUCAUCUGGUUCGUCCGUUGGAACUCCCGCCGACGAGACUCCAGAGCCAUCACACCCAUAUGGACCGGAUGGAACGUCCUUACGCCCGACGCAACCGGUGACGAGGAGAACCGUCCAGCUGGUCUGGGUUCUCCUCGCGACAGCGGUGAAGAAGCAGAUUCCUUCCUCCGUCACAGCACCGCCACAGAUCCUGAACAUCGCCCACGACCAGUAUCUUCGCUUCCACCCGGUGCCGCACCACCCCAUAUGAUGGGAAGCACUGGCUCCGACAGAACAAGGUCCUCCCAGGCCUCGACAGACUAUGGUGUCGUCGUGCCUGGCUCAGGAAUCUUUGGACAGGCAUACAGUGGUGAUGGCGUCCCUGCCCGCGUUAGCAGCGAAAUGAUAGGGCACAUCAUGCCUCCUGGCGAGCUCCUCCAGAUUGCAGACGAGGAAGAGCCGGAGGACAUACCCCCACCGCGGAUGUACAGCUCAAGCCAUCCCUCUCUGCCAGAGCACAUCGCAUCUCUACUCCCUCCCCCACCUUUCGAGGGCCCCGCUACGCGCAAACCUUCAGACCGGUCCCUACUCAAUGAGAAGGAGAAAUCCGUGCGCAGUGCAUCGUACCCAACCAGUGACCUGGAGGACUCGAAAGUCUUCACCGCUCGCCGCGUACGCGUCCAGGAGCUAGGUUCGCGCAGCCCCCAAGAUGAUGACUCUACAAUCACCCAGCAUGCCCCAGCAUCUGGUAGCUGGCGCAACUCCUUCUCCCGUCUGCGAAGGAGCUGGUUUGGGUCCUCGUCAUCUCGCAGCGCAUCAGGACCUAGCUCGCGCAGGGGGUCUGAUAAAGACGCUGAAGCAUCGCAAUCCUUGCUCGGCCGCAGACUCGGUGUAGGCCAUACCAUGGCAGGAGAGCGUCCAAUGUCGAGCGUGAGCGCUAAGAGCGCAGUAUCCGGGAACACCCUGUACCAUGACGCAGUCUCGCGUAUAGGCACACCUGUUUCUCUUCCUUCCAGAGCACUUACACCUGCGAGUCAGAGGGGAAGCACAGCGUUUGCAACGGACUUUGCACUUCCUGUGCCGAGUGGAGCACCCCCAGCAUAUGAUGACCCAUACGAUUUGCUGGGUACUAGGAAUCCUAGCCCGUUAUCCCCAACAGGCAUCGAUGUACUUGAUAUACCAGCGCCGGCUCCCUUCUCAUCAGCUUCGACGAGCGGCAGACCUUUGCCGCCUGGUCUUGUCCCGUUGUCCAGUCGCCAUGCGUGGAGAGACUCGCUAUCCGUGAUUACGGGCUCGUCAAAUGGCGCCGGCAUCACAAUUGAUGUUCUUGAUGCCGAGCCGCCACGAGCAGGUGAUGGCUGGAGGACUUUAGCUGGUGGCUUUCUUGGUGUCAGUGCAGGACCAGACCCAAGCGAACGGAGGACGUCAUUUGGAAUUCCCCAAGUUAUUCAUCAAGGGAACCCCAUGGUCUCUGAGCGAGGGUCUCUGCACUCCAUGCGCUCGCACUUAAGCCCCUACUCUGCACGUUCAUCUUCAGGCUCAGCACCUGCAUCCUCUGCUCGCGUUUUCAAUCUCUCAGGGUCCAAUUCCUCUCGUCCUUCUGCAAAUUCUGCUCACUCACGCGUAGCGACCACGUCAUCUGCAUCCCUGAACUCUGGUCGACCGCUGGGUACUAUUUCGCCAUCUGUCAGUGCGUUCGGACAUGCAGAUCCCUUGCGGUACAUGUCCCACACUGCUGAGGAAUACGAGGACCCGUUCGCGGAGCCAGGCAGCCGCAUGUCGAUCCUUGGACCGAUGCCUUCGUUCACUGCUCAUUCGGUGCUCUCCCAACCGACUAUCCGUAGUGUAGGUGACACGACGGUUACGAGCGAUGAUACGGAGAUGACAAGAACGACUGUUACUUCGGGUUCUGAGGAGAUGAGCGGGCCUGUGCCUUGGUUUCGAGAGCCGAUGAGGGCUGAGAUUUAGAUGCCUUGGCGCAUUACUUGGUUGGGUUCUGUUCCAAGCGCUGGGGUAGAGCUGGUCUAUUGAUGCGUGUUAGAUGUUUUUUCCGUACUUAUUUGUGUUUGUGAACUGUCUUUUCUUGCUUCAUCAUAUGUACCUUUUGCGAUACCUCUCUGACUUUUGCGAUACCUUUCAUAAUGAUCUUCUAUGUUCGUUACGAAGAUUACUCACCUCCUUACUUACGCAUGAUUGAUGAUGCGAUAUCUUGAAUACGAUUCUUGUACGAUCCCUCUGCAAUAUAGUGGAGAUCAUGGUACC